AUGGUUUCAAAUGAAGAUGAGCAGUACAUAGGAAUUAUUCACUUACUCCGGUAUUUCAGAUGGACAUGGGUUGGGCUCCUGGCUGUGGAUGAUGACAGCGGAGAACAUUUUGUGCAGGCCCUGAAGUCAUUGCUUACUAAGCAUGUAAUCUGUUUGGCUUUCAUACAGAGAAUCCCAAACAAAGUUCAUUGGAACAAAUUAAAUUAUGUCAUUGAUUUACUUUUAAGUAUAUAUUUGCCUUUUAAAGACAGCAAUGCCAAUAUAUUUAUUCUCUAUGGAGACUCUAUGACCCUUAUAUUACUUAGCACUCUUAUUUAUAUACGUGAUCCAAGUUAUAAUGAAAAUGCAUCAUUGAAGAAAGUAUGGAUUAUGACAUCCCAAGUUGAUUUUGCAUUAACUGGCCUUCACAGAGCCUGGGAUUUCCAGUUCUUCCAUGGGACCAUUGCCUUCACAAUUCACUCAAAUGAGGUUCAUGGCUUCCAGAACUUUCUUGAAGACAUACAACUGUUGAAGAUACAAGGGAAUGGUUUUCUUAGAGCAUUCUGGGAACAAGCAUUUGAUUGUUCCUAUCCAAAUCCCCAGGAGCCAAAGAAGGAUAAUGAAGUCUGUACUGGGGAGGAGAGAUUGGAGAGUCUUCCUGGGCCUCUGUUUGAAAUACACCUGACUGGCCACAGUUAUGGCAUCUACAAUGCGGUCUAUGCCAUAGCGCAUGCUAUUCAUUCCAUGUACUUGUCAAGAGCCACUCACAGAGCAAUGGUUGGUGGUCAAAGAGCUAAACUUCAAGACCUUCAGUCUUGGCAGAUACAUCCAUUUCUUCAAGGCAUUUCUUUUAACAACUCAGCUGGAGAACGUUUAUCUUUUAAUGAUAAAAAAGAAAUGAGAGCUGGAUUAGAUAUAACGAACCUGGUAACAUUCCCAAACAAGUCCUUCUUCAGAGUGAACAUUGGCAGGGUAAAUCUCAAUACACCUGGAGGGCAAGAAUUUAUCAUUCAUGAGAACAUGAUUACAUGGCAAAAUGGUUUUAACCAGGGGACACCCCUUUCUUUGUGUAAUGAUUACUGCUACCCUGGCUUUCAGAAGAAAAAGAAGGAAGGGGAGACAUUUUGCUGCUAUGAUUGUGCCCCAUGUCCAGACGGGAAGAUUUCAAAUGACCUGGACAUGGAUGAUUGCAUCAAAUGCCCAAGAGAUCAGUAUCCAAGCAAGGACCAAGACAGCUGUAUUCCCAAGAAAAUAAGCUUCCUGUCUUUUGAAGAAACAUUAGGGAUCAGCUUGGCUUCACUUGCUAUUUCUUUUUCCUUGAUCACAGCUUUAGUACUAGCAAUUUUCAUUAAACACAAAGAUACUCCACUAGUCAAAGCCAACAACCGGGAUAUCACCUACAUACUCCUUAUCGCUCUCUUGUUCUGUUUUCUCUCUUCAUUAUUAUUUCUUGGACAACCCAGGAAGGAGACCUGCUUAUUCCGACAAUCUGCGUUUGGCAUCAUCUUCUCAAUGGCGGUGUCUUGUGUGUUGGCCAAAACCAUCACUGUGGUUGUAGCUUUCAUGGCCACAAAACCAGGGUCCAGCAUGAGGAAGUGGGUAGGGAAAAGACUGACCAACUCCAUCAUCAUCUCUUGUUCUCUCAUUCAAUCAGCAAUUUGUCUGCUGUGGUUAGAAACCUCACCUCCUUUCCCAGAUUUUGACAUGCAGUCACUGAAUGAAGAGAUUGUGGCAGAAUGUAAUGAAGGGUCUGUUCUCUUGUUUCAUGUUGCUCUGGGCUACUUAGGACUUCUGUCCUUCAUCAGCUUGAUUGUGGCUUUCUUCGCCAGGAAAUUGCCGGACACUUUUAAUGAAGCCAAGUUCAUUACUUUCAGUAUGCUAAUUUUUUGCAGUGUCUGGGUGUCUUUUGUGCCAACCUACCUGAGCACCAAAGGGAAAUACACAGUAGCUGUGGAGAUCUUUUCUAUCUUGGCUUCUGGUGCAGGGUUACUGGGUUGUAUCUUUUCCCCCAAAUGCUACAUUAUUGUGCUGAGGCCUGAGCUGAACAGGAGAGAGGAACUAAUACGAAGGAAGAAGAGACACUAA